GAAGAUAUGUGCAAUGCAAAUUCAGGUCGAUCCUUGGAUGCAAGUUAUCUCAUCGAAAUUCACCUCUCAGAAGGUGACGUCAAAGAGGACCAUUUGCUGAAUUAUGAUAUUCAAAUUAUGGAUUGUCCUGGAAUUACGAAAUGUCGAGAGCUUGGCGAUAAAGUGAAAGCCUUCUGCGCAGACUCAGACGUUCAUGUACUUAUUGUGAAUCCAAAGACCGUCAUGUCACCGGAAGAGCGAGAUCAUUUCGUGGAGGUCGGCAAACGUCUUCCUAAGCCGGACAUCAUCGUCGGUUUCACUCAGUGGGAUCUAUCGGCGAGAGAAAGACGCCCUGAAGAGGUUAAAGCUCGCCAUGUCGACUCGAUAUUUGAGAUGCUGAAAGAACUCGACGUCGUUAAUACGAGAGAGGAAGCAGAGGAAAGAUGUUUCUUUUACUCUGGGAGAGAGGCUCUUGACUUGGCUCUUGGUGAGGAAGGAUUCUUGGUCAGGGGAUGGGAAGAGAGAUUCAAGACGUUCCAGAAUUUCAUCUCCAAAAUUGAGGAGAGGGCGACAUCAGCGGGGAUAACGACCAAACUAAAUCUGAACCGUGACACAUGCCAAGAAGUCCUACAUCAGUGCAUCGGAAGUCUGUCAGCACUGGAGAAACGCAUGCAAAACAAGACGUCUGAUUUCAAGAAUGAUAUUGAGUCCAUAAGGAGCAAAUUAAAAUCAUACGAUGAGAAAAUGGCUGAAUUUGUGAAGGAAAGUAAAGACCUGAGAACGAAAGCUCUGGUAACAAUUGACGAAUCGAUAUCUCGUUGCAUGGCUGAAGUUAGCGACAAGAUGUCUCAAACUUUGAGAAUAAAUUCAGACAAUGACGGAUUCGAGGAAGAUCAGGUCCAUCAGUAUGCUGAGAGAGCAAUCUUAAUCUGGUAUCGAAAGAUAUUAGAUGAGUUUCAGCGAGCUACGGAUAAAGUAUGUGAGGAUUAUUCCUUCUAUGUACGAGCAUCCUAUGAGAAGCACAUGGCAAUGUUCCCCCAGGACACUCCCAGGGCCUAUCUGCUUGAUAACCAAGACGAACAAGAACAGCCCAAUUCCAUCCCUGGAUCACCGAUUCCCAGAGCCGCGCUGCAGAGGGUGCUAUCUGGUAUCAACGUUCGCCCCGUUUGGGCUUCCUUCGCCUCCACUCGUCGACGACUCUCCUCAGUCGAAACUGACGCAGAACGUAAUGCCCUAAUACGCGGAAUGGCUGCUGCUACAGGAGUUUUCUUCAUGCAUGUUCGGCAGUGGAUCAGGGUUUCUGUGGAGCAGAAGUUAGAGAGGCUGACAACCAAAGAGAAAGACUUCCUGAUCUGUCCUCCUAUCAGAGUAAAAUGCCGCGAAGCAGUAGAGAUAUUCUGCGACAACGCUGAUGGGUACUACAGAGAGACUUGUAUUCGUGAAGUGCAGGAAGUUCUCCAAACACAGAAGGCGAAGUUGGAGGAGAAGCAUUCCCAAAUGAUACAACUUUCCACAGAUUUCGUCAAUCUUAGGGCUGAGGCAGACCAGAUCAAAUGCAAAGACAACAGCGAUGAUCACAUGACCGAAUAGUCAGAUGAGUCAGUGACACCCAUUGUAACAAUGUAAUUUAAAAAAUCUUGUUAUACAAGACAUGACAGAGGUAAAUUUGUUCCAGACCACCUGAGUCGGGCUUCUGAAUUCAGAGACACAAGCAAAAGAAAAAUCACUAUAUGCCCAUAUAUAGUAUUUAUAUGUGGUAUGAAGGAAUAAAAUAUGAACUAAAGUCACACAUGUUAAAGCUGAACUGACAUACAUAUAAGCUUGAGACAUAAUUUGUAUCACUGUGGACAUCGUUUAGCGAAAUCGCCAUAAGUACAAGUUCUACUUCAGCUAGAAGGGGUUAGACC